UCAGUGCGGAACGGCCUGCGUGUGCGCACGUCAAUCGAAAACGCGCCGCCCCGAUCGCGAAUUGUGUCGAACGUGCCGUUACAAUAGUGUUUCAUAAUCUGUGAUUGUUUACUUUUUUAAUUUCCACACGAUAACAUUGGAAGUACCGCACUCAGCUAACGACUCCAAAGAGAUAUCGACUGACUUCAAUGCCGCCUUCACAGGUGACAGCUGACGUCAAAUAAACGAGUUAAGACGACAAUGUGACGAAGCGUUCCCGCCACGAGUGUCCGCCAUCUUGUUUUUUGAAAGCAAACUACCAGAUUAAAUAUGGCUCUUUUGUGGUGUGUAUUGGCAUGCGCGCUGUCGGUUGCGUACGCGCAGUCCAACUAUGGAUCCCAGGCGAACAAUAUCGAGUAUCAAGGGGAUGGACUGCCGGAGCAAACUAUUUUAGAUGGAAAGGUGACAAAAUUAGAUGACUUGAGCCCUGUUAUCUUCUUAAACAGAACGAGAGCAACUUUGAACUGCGCUGCCGGGUCUAUGCAGAUCGAACUGAAAUUCAAUGAAAAAUUCUACGGUAUUGCGUAUGCUGAUUUCGAUCGUCAUUCAGCGUGCCAGGUCGCCGGCAAGGGCGCCACGUCCUACAAACUAGAGCUGCCGUUGAAGGGAUGCGGUACGAAACAGGAUCCUCUCCGAGUUUUUACCAACAACAUAGUAGUGCGGUUUCAUCCAGGACUUGAAAUGGAUGGAGAUGAAGUCAUCACUAUCGUUUGUCGUUAUCCACCACCCAUCGUGCCUGUCUUCAAUCCUCUCAUAUACACGCCAGAAGCCAAGGGACCGCUCCCGGCGAAGGCUCCUCUCGCUGGCACACAUAUUCUCAUGAUCAUCUGUGCUAUACUCUUCCUGACUUUACUACUCCUGGGUCUGGGAGUCUCCUACCUGUGUCUGAGAAGACGUGCCCUGCCGGCUCCGAGAAGACUAAUCGAUGAUUCCUCAGCUUCAAUCAUCAGUAGAGAGAGUAUUCAAGAGGUGAAGAUCCCGCGCGCCCAUCCCGUGUACCCGGUGACGGCCGAGAGCGCCAGCGUCGCGUCCGACACGAUCCCGUCCGACUACCCGUCCGAGACGCCCAGUGAGGCGGAGCAGGCUCACGUCAACCAGGCCUUCAUGAUUGACGAGUACCAGAGCGAGGGUUACGGCGAAUCACACGAAACAAGUGCUCACUCGCGCAUGCACUCCCACGCAGGCGCACCAGCCUUCGACGUGCGCGUGCGUGUACAACGACCGCCUGCACCGCCUUCCCCCAUCUCGACCAUCACUACCACCGAGGUAGAUGGCGGUAGCAUGAGGCAAAUGACAAUGUUGGAUGAACAUGAGCGUCAAGAAUCAGUACGAACAGUAUCACCGGGCGCUCUGCCGCUACCAGCACGAGCAGCGCACGCUGUACCACCCGAGCGACCACCGCGACCACCGGUCCUUUACUCCGAAGUUAGCAGAGAUCGACCGGACUGGGCGCGUCGGCCGCGCUCCAUCGCGUCCCUCAACACGGAGAUGACGGACACGCACUCGGUCACCGAAGUCACUGACAGGUCGCACGCGAGGAUGUUCCACAUCAAGAAACCUCCUCCACCGCCUCCUGUGAUGAAGGAACGUCUGGAAACUGAGGAGCAAGAAAUGCUAAUGGAAAGUCUCGAGCCCAUCUCGGAGACACCCAUAAUGCCUGCCAGGAAACCCGAAAUAACCUCUCACGUUGUAGACGACGUUUUCCUCCGCACGAUAACCGAGAAAAAAACGAUCGAAGACAUCGAGCGCCACAAGCGGCUGGUCACGGAGUACCGCCAGGUGCCGCCGCCGCCGCCGCAGUUCGACGUCACCAUCCGCAACCACACGCUGCCCGACGCGCAGUGGGAGAACUUCUCGGACAUCAGCAGCGCCUCUGGCAUGACGCUGACUCCGAAGAUGGAGAGGGUGCCCUUGUCGCUCCCGCCACAGAAGUACAUUGGUAAAGGUGGUCCAGAUCUGUUCUCCCCUGAGCUGAUCAAGCAAACGGGUGCGGUCUACCCAUCACCAUCUUCUCCCGAUUUGCCCUUACUGCCUGAGUUGCCGCCGGCUCGCAACCCCUUGUACAGAGAAGAAGAUGACGAAGAUGUGGCAGAACCGACUCCAGCUCCUCCAGUGCCACCAAACUGGAACGUGCUUACCAGGGUCUUGAAGACUGAAGCACAGGAUGAGGUGCUUUUAGAAACUGAGCGAUCAUACCGCCUCACCCGCGAGGAACGUCUCCGCUGGCGCGAGCUGAUAACUCACGAGAGCACUCUCCGACGGGAACUGGCGCGGUCCUCCACCCGCGAGGACUUCACUCGCGUGGCGCACGACCAUCGCUUUGCCCCGCUGUACGCUCCACCCAAGUGGGAGGUCAUCAUACGUAUUCUGGCCCCCCCACCUGAUAAACCUAAGAACCGGUACCGCAAGAAGUCGGAGUGGGAGUCCCGGUCGCGGCGCAGCUCGCUGCCCACGCUGUACGAGUACGACAGCGACGCCACCUCGCUGCGGGACCCGCCGCGCUCCAGGCGCUCCUCCUACCGCAGCGACCACGGCGACAUGAGGUCGAUGUCUGAAAUGAUGGUCGACUACGCGCGAGAGCAGGCGGACACUCACUCCGAAGUGUCGGCGGGCACGCUCCUCGGCAGGUACUACGACGACGACAGUGACUCCGAACAUCAGUACCCCCAUAACCCGUCGUGGCGCCACUCGCUGCACCGCUCGGUGAGCCAGCCGUCGCUGGCGCGCUCCGCCACCGAGCUCACGGAGCAGUGGACGGCGCCCGACGGUGACGUCACGCCCACGCCGGGCCGCCGCGGCAGAGGUUCCCAAGGCGUAACCACCUUCACGUCGUCUGAAGUUCGUACAUUCCAAGCAUCCCGAGAAUGGCGGGAUUAAGAUCCGAGUCGACACAAUCGAGAUGCCAAUUUUAAUUAACCAUUCGGUAGUAAUUAUUGAGUGAUGAAUUGAUUAAUGCAAUGACGUCAUUAAUGUCAUUUUUGAACGAAAGAUGAUAAUUCUAAUGUCAAUAAUUAUGUCAGUUUUAUAAUCGGAAUUUAUUUUGAACGAUAUCAAAUGCUUAAUUAAAAUUAGCUGUUUAUAUAUUAUAAAAGGGCUGAACAAACGUCAUAAACAUUAGUCAUCUAUCAAAUACGAGAGUAUUUGUCUUUGUCUCUUUAAAUCUUGAGAUGCUUUGAGACUUGAUAGCUGAGGCCCUUAUAGAUGAUGUAAAAAAUAAAAAACAAUAAUUAUCGAAUAUGAUAAACACUGCCUUAUUGGGUUAUUCCCAAUUACAUAAUAUGGUUAAGGAGCUGGCGAAGAAUUCUAUAUUAUGAUUCACUAAUAUUGACGCGCUUUGAAGCGAUGUGAUGCAUAAAUGCAGCGACGAAGAACGUUAAAAUUAUUAACAAAAUGCUCGCCUAUUCUCUAAACUAUAGAGUCAUCAAAAUUAAAGGUCGAAUCGAUUACAAAAUAAAUUUAAAUUAAAUUAAAUUGAAUUUAUUUUAAUUAUUUAUAAUGUUUCGCAUGACAUGACGUAAUGUGUUCUAAAUAGUGUUGCCACGAUCGAAAUACCGUUAAUGUUGCAACUUUAAGUAUACAUAUAUACAAUUUAAGUAAAUAAUUAAUUGUAAUUGAUUAUGAUUUUAAUUCAAUUAUAGUAAAAAGAACUCAAUUAUAGUAAUUUGAAGUUUAACGAUUUAUAUAUCCGUCCAAUUAUUUUUUAUGUAUUAAAUUAGGAUAAAAAUACUAAAAAAUACGCUCUAAUAAAACGCUUAAAUAUAAUUCUAUAUAAAUCGUUUAUAAAGUACUAGAAGUCUCUAGACUUAGUCAUAAUUAUUGGAAUUUGUUUUUUUAUUGUAAAUAAAUAAAUAUUUUGGUCCGUCCAAUAGAUAUCUAAUAAUGUCAUAAAAUACAUUGACAUUUUAAAUUAUAAUUAUAUUACUUGCAAAAUUAAUGAAAACGUAUUCAUUAAUGGACAAAUAAUGUAAUUAUAUUAUUUUUAAUUAAACUUGUUUCGCGAUAUUUGAAAUACUAAGUGGUAUUUUUAAUCUAUAUUUAAAAACGAAUAUAAUUUAAAAAGGAAAUCGAAAUUGGGAUAAACUUUUUUCUUCCAAAUUUUGAUGAUAAUUUCGUUUAAUAUAUUUUUUAAAUAAUUUUAUCUAUAUAAUGUAAAAUAACACAUUUUUUGCUUCACAAAUUUUGCGUUCUUGUAUUACCAGUGGUGUUUCAUUUUUAAUUUAGUUGUAAAUAUUUAAAAAAAUGGAUUGUACAAAGCCUAGCAGCCGAGGCAAGACGUUUGCUUAAAAUUAUUAUUAAUAAUAAUUUUAACGGACAGGAUAUAAAAUAUUAUGAUAAGUCUUAUAAUUUGAAAGAAUAUCAUUCUUGCCUUGAUUGCUAUGUAUGUGUGGGAUGUAUGGGAGAAGGUUUGUUUAUAGUGCUCAAUAUGUAACAUGUGAUUGAAAAUGAAUCUUAAUAACAUAGCCAUAAAAGUUCAAAUUCAAUAAUUUUAUAAAAUAUAUUAUAUUUUUUUUAAACAUUUAAUGUGUCCUUGACAAUUAUUAAGUAUAAACUAACGAGAUAAAAAGUAAGCGGUGCUAAGGAGAUAAAUGACCUAAAUACAUAUUUACAUACUGAUUAUAUAGUAUUUUGAUAAUUUUAAUCAAUAUACGUGCCUUAACAUUU